CGACCCGAUAGUUUAAUUGUCGCUUGCCCUAAAACCCUAAACCCUAUCAGACCAUCAAAAUUGGAUUGAUUUAGAUUGGAUAUUUUUUACAUUUUCCAUCAGAUCUCCGAUCCCGCGAUAUUGCCAAUGGCUUCAAAGAUGCAGCAGAUUCAUGAACAAAGCUUCAAUUGCAAAUCUCAAAUCCGCUUUCAAGACGGCUUCCAUGCCCAAAUCUGCCCCUUCGUCUCCAAAAUUUCCUCUUCCAACCAGGUCUACCACCUCGCCGGUUCCUCGCUUCUCAGUGUCAAGGUGUCCAUCAGAACUCGGAGGUGUUCAGUCUCUGUUACCUCUACAUAAUGCUGUCGCUGCAGCAAGACUGACAUCCUGCCUGAGCACAACUUCAAGGAGUUGCAGAUCUCUUUCACAGGGCACAUGAGUUUCUCAUUGCAUAAAGAUAUACAAGAUCUGUCAUCAUAUCAAAUGCGUUUGAUGGAUCGUGAUUGAAUUUGCUGUGUGUAGAGAUGAAUUUGAUGGAACGUGAUAGAUUAUGCUGUUUCUAGAGAGCUGGGUUUAUCGGUUCCAAGGUGACCUGUUAGCAGACAUUUGGACUGAGAAAACAAGAAGACAGGUUCUGUAAUUCAUCCUCAUUGUUCUGUAAUUCAUAAAAAGAUGCUUCAAACUUUACAAAAUAGCACCAACAAAUUCACUAUCUUUUCCUAUUCUUCUUUAGUUCUACUUUCAAUUAUGUUGCAUGUG